GCGAGUCGUCUUCCCCGGUUCCCCCUUUGUGUUGUGCCGCCGCCACCCGCCCGCGGCCUCCUCUUCCCUCCCCUUUAAAAUCCAAACGCUCCUCCCCCCCCCUCCCUCCAACCGUCGUCAAGCCUAGCUCAAAUCCCCGCCCAAAUGGAGGACCCACCAGCGCUUGCUCCGCCGGAGCCGGAGCCGGAGCCGGAGCCCGAGGCCUCCCCGGCGCCGCCGCAAAGGCUGCUGCGGCUGCGCUGCGCGGUGCAGCACUACGAGUGGGGCCAGCACGGAGCCGCCUCCCUCGUCGCGCGCCUCGCCGACCAGAACCCCGACCCGGCUCGCCCCUACGCCGAGCUCUGGAUGGGCACUCACCCGUCCGGCCCCUCCACGCUCCUCGGCGACGGCGCGCUCCUCAGGGACUGGCUCGCGCGGAACCCCGACGCGCUCGGCCCCGCCGUCGCCGCGCGCUGGGGAGGCGACCUCCCAUUCCUCUUCAAGGUGCUGUCGGUGGCCAAAGCGCUCUCGAUCCAGGCGCACCCGGACAAGAAACUCGCCGAGGUGCUGCACGCGCUGCGGCCGUCCACCUACAAGGACGACAAUCACAAGCCGGAGAUGGCCAUCGCCUUCACGGAGUUCCGGGCGCUUUGCGGCUUUGCCCCUAUUGAGGAGCUCAAGGAUGUCCUGAGGACAGUUCCUGAAAUUGAAGGCCUAAUUGGGCAUGAAGAUACUGGCAAGCUGAUGAACAUGAAGGAGUAUGAUGGGGUUAGUGAAGUAAAGUCCAGUUUGCGAUCAGCUUUUGCUAAGCUAAUGACAGCAAGUAAAGACAUGGUUUCUGAAGCAGUUGCAAAACUGAUCAGUCGCCUGAAUACUGACAGCAAGGUGAGGUCAUACCUUGAGAUGUCUGAUCUGUGGCUUGCUGCAGCUUAUGGAUGGUUAAGGAGAAGUUGUAAGAGAGAUGGUAGCUCACCUGGAGAUGAAUUGGCAAAGUUCAUUGGAAAAUUAAGACUUCUCAUUUUGAUUAGGAACUUAACAGACAAAGAACAGCUGGUUUUGUCCCUGGAGAGACAAUAUCAAGACGAUGUUGGAGUUCUAGCAGCACUUUUCUUUAACUAUGUGAAGCUCAGUCCUGGUGAAGCGCUUUAUAUUGGUCCAAAUGAACCGCAUGCAUACCUCUCUGGGGAAUGCAUUGAAAUUAUGGCCACUUCAGACAACGUUGUACGUGCUGGUUUGACACCUAAAUACAGAGAUGUGCAAACUCUCUGCUCAAUGCUAACAUACAAACAGGCCUUCCCAGAAAUUUUGCGCGGAGUUCCUGUGCAGCCACACGUAAGGCGCUACACGCCACCAUUUAACGAGUUUGAGGUCGAUUGCUGCUUGGUUCCUCCAGGUGAACUGCUUGUCAUAUCCCCGGUACCAGGACCAUCCGUAUUUCUCGUAAUGACCGGGGAAGGCGAGAUUCAGUUGGAUUCUAUGUCAGGUGGAGAAAAGGCAAAGGAAGGUGAUGUUUUCUUCGUUCCUGCAUACACUGAGGUUAAGAUCUCUGCGUGUGGCCCCGAGUCUGUGCUGCUGUACAGGGCUGGGGUAAACAGCAGAUUCUUCAGCUAACUGGCGCGUCGAUCUUUGGUCGGAAGGAGGAUUUUUGGGUUGUCGUAAGUGGACCACACUGUAAUUUAGGGAAGUUUUCUCCAGCUAAGAAAUAUACGAGAAAAGAAAUGAUUAGUUAGCAAAAGGUUUCAUAUACUAAUGUAUAGGGCUUCAGGCUGAUAAAAGAAUAACUGGUUCCUUUCAUAUCUUGAUAAUUUACUGUAAAGAUGCCUUGCAGUGCAAUCCACGUUGGAUGCGCUAGAAAGAAAUAAAAAUGAUGAUUAGUAUCAA